UGUCUUCUUUCGUUCAUUCAUUUGCCAGUCUGCAAACAAGCAUCCCAAUAUGGGCGAUCAAGCUCCUUCCGCCGCCGCCAAGAAGCUUCCGAUUCCUGGGAAGCGGAAUAUACUCAUCACAAGCGCGUUGCCUUAUGUCAAUAACGUGCCGCACCUCGGCAACAUCAUCGGAUGUGUAUUGAGUGCGGAUGUGUUCGCGAGGUACUGUAGAAAUAGAGGUUAUAAUGCGGUAUAUAUCUGCGGUACUGAUGAGUACGGGACAGCAACUGAGACUAAGGCGUUGGAGGAGAAAUGUUCUCCAAAAGAAAUUUGUGACAAAUAUCAUGCUAUUCAUAAAGAGGUAUAUAACUGGUUCAAUAUAAGCUUUGAUGAGUUUGGGCGCACGUCAAGUCCGCAGCAAACUGAAGUUUGCCAAGCAAUUUUCAAGAAGCUUUUGGAGAAUAACUGGCUUUCUGAAAACACAAUGCAGCAGCUCUACUGUGGUUCAUGCAAAAGAUUUUUGGCUGAUCGGCUUGUGGAGGGUAAUUGUCCAACCCCUGGCUGUAAUUAUGAUUCUGCACGUGGAGAUCAAUGUGAAAAGUGUGGGAAGCUUUUAAAUCCCACAGAAUUACUAGAGCCAAGAUGCAAGGUCUGUGGUAAUACUCCACGUAUCCAAGAUACAAACCACUUGUUUCUCGAGCUUCCUCUGCUGAAGGAUAAAUUAGAAGAAUACAUAAACAACAUGUCAGUGGCUGGAGGGUGGAGUCAAAAUGCCAUCCAAGCAACGCAUGCCUGGCUUAGAGAAGGGCUGAAACAGCGGUGUAUUACAAGAGAUUUGAAAUGGGGCGUUCCUGUUCCGCAUGAGAAGUUUAUGGACAAGGUAUUCUAUGUAUGGUUUGAUGCACCUAUUGGAUAUGUCUCAAUUACUUCAUGCUACACGCCCGAAUGGGAGAAAUGGUGGAAGAAUCCUGAAAAUGUAGAGCUUUAUCAAUUUAUGGGCAAGGAUAAUGUUCCUUUUCAUACUGUGAUGUUCCCAUCUACACUUAUUGGCACUGCUGAAAACUGGACUUUGAUGAAGACCAUCAGUGUUACAGAAUACUUGAAUUAUGAAGCAGGGAAAUUCUCGAAGAGCAAGGGUGUUGGCGUUUUUGGAAACGAUGCAAAAGACACAAACAUUCCUGUGGAAGUAUGGAGAUACUACUUGCUGACAAAUAGGCCAGAGGUAUCGGAUACUUUGUUCACUUGGACUGAUUUGCAAGCAAAGUUGAACAGUGAAUUGCUGAGCAAUCUAGGAAAUUUCAUUAAUCGAGUCUUAAGUUUCAUUGCGAAAGACCCAGGUUCAGGGUAUGGUUCCAUCAUUCCUGAUGCUCAGGGUGCAGAAUCUCAUCCAUUGACGAAAGUAUUGGGAGAGAAAGUCAGUAGUUAUGUUGAGCAGUAUAUUGAAGCAAUGGAGAAGGUGAAACUAAAGCAAGGCUUGAAGAUUGCUAUGCUUAUAUCUGGAGAAGGAAAUGCUUAUUUACAAGAAAGCCAAUUUUGGAAGCUUUACAAGGAGGACCGACCUUCCUGUUCUGUGGUUAUGAAAACAUCAGUUGGAAUAGUGUAUCUUCUCGCUUGUCUCUUAGAGCCUUUUAUGCCAUCUUUUUCCCUCGAGGUACUUAAACAGCUUAACUUGCCCCUUGAAAUGCAAAUUUCACUUUCUGAUGAAAAAGGUGAUGUUGAAAGGGCGAAAAGACCUUGGGAGAUCAUACCCGCAGGUCAUAAAAUUGGAACUCCAGCACCACUCUUCAGAGAACUGACAGAUAAAGAAGUUGAGUUCUUCAGAGAGAAAUUUGCGGGAAGUCAAGCUGAUAGGAUUGUAAAGGCAGAAGCUGAAGCAAAGAAACUUACUGAAAAAUUGAAGGGAACUAACAUCUCAGAUGGUAGUACUUCAAAGAAGGAUCGACCAAAAAAAUCUGCUGAAGCCAAACCCCAGGUUUCUGCCCCUGCCGAAGCUGGAAUUUCCAUUAGUAGAUUAGAUAUUCGUGUUGGUCUCAUUACGAAGGCCCAGAAACAUCCCGAUGCUGAUUCUUUGUAUGUGGAAGAGAUCGAUGUUGGUGAAGCACAGCCUCGCACUGUUGUUAGUGGCCUGGUUAAGUAUAUCCCUCUGGAAGAAAUGCAGAAUCGGAAAGUAUGCGUUCUUUGUAACCUGAAGCCAGCAGCCAUGAGGGGUAUAAAGUCCCAGGCAAUGGUCCUUGCUGCUUCUAAUAGUGAUCACACGAAGGUUGAAUUGGUUGAACCUCCCCAAGGUGCAGUCGUUGGUGAAAGAGUGACAUUCCCAGGAUUUGAAGGCACACCCGACGAGGUAUUGAACCCUAAAAAGAAGGUAUGGGAAACAUUGCAAGUCGAUUUGCAUAGUGACAAGGAGUUGGUGGCUUGCUACAAAGAUGUUCCCUUUACCACAUCUGCAGGUGUCUGCAAAGUUUCAUCGGUUCCUGAUGGAUCAAUAAGGUAAGAUUGGUCUUAAGGAACAUCUGGGUGGAACAAGACAAGGGAAAAAUGUGAGAUUUCCCCAAAUUGUUAUCAGAUGGUUAAACCAUUAUUCUCUUUCAUUUAUCCACUCAAGGGAAUCAAUUUUGCUUAAUGGAUACUUAUUUAAGGACAUUAAGUGUUGAUUGUGUUGUCUGAUCAAUGCAAAAGGGAUGAGAAUUCUGUCAAGAGUCUGAGGUUAUCUAGUAUAAGUUGAGUAAUAUUAUGAUUCUUAUGUAUUUUUGAGCAUUUGCUUGGGGACAUUUAGUGAGUACUGUUAUGAUUUCUAGUCACCCUCUGCUAUGAACUCAUUUUUGCUUUUGAUUUUACGUAUACACUUAUUAAUGGAUAAGUAAUUCCUUAGAGAAAAUUAGAUUAGUUUGAUAAA